GAUUUAUAAUUUUCAUCUAAGAAAAUAUAGAUAUAAAGAAAGUAUUUUAUUAGUUGAAAAUUAUAUUUUAUGUUAUUUAAAAAUAUUUUUUAAAUGUAAUAUAACUAUUUUGUGAACUUUCCUUUUUUUUUAAUAAAUCAGAUUAUAUAUACAUAUAUUUUCGUUUUUCAAUUCUUUUUUUUUAACUUUAUAAAAAAGUUUCAUUUUUAUUAUAUGUGUAUAUUUUUCAGUAUAAUCAAUCACCGUGAGAGUUAAUGUGAGAGCGAUACAUAAAAAACUGAUUUCUCAAAUAAUAGAUACAUAGGAAACUGACAUCUCAAAUAAUAUUAUAGAGAUUUGAUGAAAUAGGAAUAAUUAGGAAAUUAAUCUUUGUACACUGAAUUUUUGGAUAUCCGGAUCUAUAAUAUCUUUAGUUGGCACACAUAAAACUAAUUGAAAUAUCUUGUUUGAACAAAGAAAAAAAAUCAGGAUUGAUCGAAAUCCGAACGGCCAUGGAAGAACCACCGAAGGAGGAAAGUACCGCCCCUGCCGGUGUAGACUCAGUCAGCUCUCUACCAGACGAGAUGCUCCACCAUAUCCUGUCCUUUGUUCCGACCAAGAUAGCCAUCACAACUAGCGUCUUGUCCAAACGUUGGAGGCAUGUGUGGUGCAAGACACCUUAUCUCUCUUUUCCCCAUCACAAAUCAUCUCUUGAAUCGAUUCACGAAACCCUAGCCAGCUACACUGCUGCAAAAAUCACGAGAUUCCAUCUCUACGUUGAUAGAGAAACACCCGAGGCCAGCGAAAGGAGUCGUCACCACGUUGAUAGCUUGAUCAAGUUUGCGAUAUCCCACAACGUGGAGAAGCUUUCUUUGGUAUUGAAUGCAUACUACGCUUUUCCAGAUUUCUUCUUCAGCAAUUCAUCCCUAAAGCAACUCAUCGUGGAUUCAUGGAACUAUAUUAGACCCAAAUGCACCGUUUCUUGGACAUCACUUCAGAACUUGUCUUUGAGGAACUCUUCACUCGAUGAAUCUUUUACUAAGGUUCUGUCUGGUUCUCCAAUGCUGGAAAGCUUGACAUUGCAGUCUUGUUCACUUUCUUGUCUUGAUCUGAGUGAAUCACCGCGCCUUAGACGACUGAAUUUAGAAUUCUUCAAUUCUUCUCCAAGAAAAUGUCAUAUAGUGGCUCCUCAUAUCCAUUACUUGAGAAUGAUAGAUUUUACGCAAAAAUAUAGUUUAGUUGAUGUCUCCUCCUCUUUAAUAGAAGCUAAUAUAGACACUAUCUAUUUCUUACCUCGAUUCUGGUGUACUCAAGAUGAUCCCUCGAAGGAUCCCUCAAAGGAAGAUUACCAAGUGAUGAUGCAAACGAUGCUAGAAAAGUUGCAGAACGUUGAGAACCUUACUGUUGGGCUUAGCUUUCUUCAGAUGCUAUCUAUUGCCGAGGUCAGUGGUGUUCAUUUCCCGACGUUUAAGGUCAAAACGUUGACUCUUAAAACAACAAUUUUGCGAUCUGCGGUUCUUGGUAUAGCAAAGCUGCUACAAAACUCACCUGAAUUAAAGAAAAUUGUUUUUUACAAAACUGAAGAUUGGAACUGCUCAGUGGAGAAAUAUGUUAAUCGCUACAUGGAGCCACAAGAUCCACAAGACCUGAUCUUUCCUGCUAAGUCAGCGUUUAAAGUUGCAAAGCCGGAUCUCGUGGCUUCCUUCAUGGAACUUUUGCUGCGAAACACAAGAACACUAGAAACAUUGGUUCUCCAGUUGAGGAGUUGCCUUAAUACAUCGAAUUAUGAUGAGCUUUCUCAAAUCGCUCUUACACUUUCUCACAAAAAUAAGGUAUGCAUUGUGCUGAAAUGAUCAAAUGGUCUUAUAUUAUGUAUGAUUGGUUUCUCGUGUUGGAUACUUGGAUCCAUUGAACAAUAUUAUUUGUUGGCCUA